AUGUCCAUCCUGACUAUCAUUGCACCACUCACUCCCAGUAACUCUACCUGUGGAUAUUGCGGACCACCGGGCGAACGAAGCAAAGAGGAGACCAGCUGGCAUCAGGCAGAAUGUAUCCCGCUCCAGAUGUCUUGCAAGAUGGUCGAUCGUGGCUGGCGGAGGUCUGGCACAUAUUGUUACAAGCCAGAUCUGAAGCGGUCUUGCUGCCCUGCAUACACUAUCAAGCUUGACGCCCUUACUUUCAAAGAGUCCCGGAGUCAACGGAAACUCGUGAAUCGCUGGAAUCGUUUCGUUAUGAACGGAAACGUGGUGGAUGAUCAUGAACAACAACAGAGGCUAUCUAAGAAGGGAAAGUCAAUGGACAAAUUCUUCCUACCUAAAGCCAUUCAUUCGUCAGAACGUACCUUUUGCUCUGAUGAAACGUCCAAACACCAAUUCGAGGUCACACUAGAACCCUCCUCCUACACGGAAGAGAAGUUUGCUCUAUAUCAAAACUACCAGAAGGAAAUCCAUCAUGAGGACGAGAAGGCGCCCAGCAGCUUUAGGCGGUUCCUUGUGGAAACACCGCUCCACCGUGAACCUAUUCAUUACUCUGGGACACGUCCAGACCACCUGCCAGGGGAGUAUGGGUCCUACCACCAGCUGUAUAGGCUGGAUGGCGAGCUCAUUGCCAUGGGUGUCAUCGAUAUCCUGCCUCAUUGUGUGUCUAGCGUGUAUUUUAUGUAUAGAAAGGAAUGGGAGAAAUUCUCUCUAGGAAAGCUGAGCGCUCUGCGAGAGGCAACUUUAGCGAGGGAGAUACACGAUGCUGGCGUGGGUAAUAUGCGUUACCUGUACAUGGGUUUCUAUAUCCACUCAUGUCAGAAGAUGCGCUACAAGGGUGAUUACGCGCCGUCUUACCUGCUCGAUCCCGAGGAGUAUACAUGGUUCCCACUUGAAACCUGUCGGCCUUUAUUAGACAGCUACCGAUACGUCAGCUUCGCUCACCCCGAGCAUCAUCUAGAGGAGCCUCCGACGGAUAUCGACGACCCUGUCAUCGUUCCGAAUGUGCCUGAUGUUGUCUUAAACAACGUGGAUCUAAUGACGGGCGUCCGAGAUGGGAGAGCGAUCACAGUUCCUGUAAUGGAGUCGCAAGCAUGGCGGAAGCUCGGGUCUCGGCGUGCACUUCUGACCUGCGUCAAUGGGCUAGGAGCCGAGUUGGCGACUGAACCUGACCUUUUACUAUAUCUCGCGUACGAGACUUAA